UGUUACAGGUGUUGAUGACUUGAGGGGAUUCUUAUUAGUCCAGUAGUUAAAUAAGGGGCGGCGCCAUGUUGCAGCAAAUCCUGCGCGACAUGUGGGUGGACCCCGAAAUUCUCGCGGAGCUGGACGAGACGCAGAAGCAGACGCUGUUCUGCAAGAUGCGCGAGGAACAGGUGCGUCGAUGGCAGAUUUGGGACCAAAAAGUGAGCAAAGAAGACGACCGACCCAAGUUCCAGAACCAAAAGAACGGGAAGAAACAGGUUCAAUUUCUGAAGGGAGAAGACGGUGAGCCCUGGGUGUGGGUGAUGGGCGAGCACGCGGACGACAAGUCGAUUGAGAGCAUCCUGGCCGAGGAGGCGCGGCAGCGGGCGCUGGCUCAAGCACGCGAGGAGGCGCACCAGCUCCGCAAGUCCGUGGAGAAGGAGCUAACGCAGCUCAUCGACUACAAGCCGCUCGACAGCCUGGAGCAGAAAUUCGACCUAUCUCCAAAGAGCAUAGACCCGUUAGAGGACAGCCUGGAGAUGUACUGCACAGUUGAGGAGCUGCGUCAGCGGAUUUCGGCGCUGGAGCCCGAGGUGCCGAUGGCGGAGAAGACCACGCUGAAGCUCCGCGAGAAGCCGGACUACGCGGACCCCAAGUUGAACAACAACUUGCACUUCAACUUUAUCGAGGGCAAACGAGAUGUACUACAGGAUCUGGGCAUCCCAAACAAUGGCGACGGGGUCAGCAACCGCGUGGCGGCGUGGGAGCGCCGGGUGGCCGCGGCCAGGGCUGGCGACAUACUGCGGGGCAUUAGGGCGAGGAGGGCGCGGACUCUAAGGGAUGCGCAGCUCCACGCGCAUGACGACGACGCCGCUUGGCGGGAGCAGGAACGCAAAGCGAAGGAGGCGGAGGCGGCCAUGCGUGAGAUUGCGCGCGCCGCGCGGGAGGCGCAUCGGCUCAGCGCGCACGUCACUUGCGACCCGCCCGAGCAGCCGCAGACGGGCAAGCCGCCCAACAGAGAAGCAGUCAUAGAAUGGUUCCGGACGCAGGAGCUGAUGCGCGGCGUGGGGCUGGACGAGGAUAAUAAGCCAGUGGAUUGGUUCCAUGGUCUGAUCACCAGAUCGGAAGCGGAGCAGCUGCUGGCGGGGCAGCCGACUGGCAGCUUCCUCGUGCGCAUCUCCGAGCGGGUGUGGGGCUACGCGAUCUCGUACCGCGAGCCAGCUCGCUGCAAACACUACCUGGUCGAAACGGCGGCGGGGUACCGCCUGCUCGGCGCUGGACAAAUCACUCAUCAGACUUUAGCUGAUCUCAUAAGCUACCACAAGUCGGUGGCCAUCACCGAGAGCGGUGGGGAGCUGCUGUCUGCGCCCGUGGCGCCGGCGCGCGCGCCCGCCUGCCUCACACCCUGAAUUUACCAACGCCACUGUCUUAACGCAAUCUACCAUCGCGAAACUCACCCAUAGACGAAAACUAUGUUCCUCGUGGAUCACACCACCGCCAUCGUCCAUUGACUCACAUGGCGUGAGAGGAAACUAAAUUAAAAUAGGGAUGUUUCCUGGGUUAA